UCAGGUUCAGUUUAGUCGGACCUGCGGGUUUUUGUGGUGCGUUCCAAAAUACACCCCGAACUUUAGAGUAAAUAAUAUACACAUUAUUCUGUCUUUUUGGCCUUUUAGGUUAUUAGAAACAUUCGUAUCUUCACGAUACAUAAAAUCGCCUCGAUUGAGUUAAUAUUUUACUUACAUAGGUACCGGAAAGGACGUCAUCAGUUUUGUUUUCGAAUAAACACACUGUCAAGUUGUAUGUACCUACAUAUAUUCUUAAAAAUCAAUCUGCGAAUCGCGUGCGAUUCAAGUGCUUCUAUUUCGCUUCCUAUAUAGCUCCGAAAACUCAGCUGUUCGAACUAUUUGUUUUCGUUCCCGAUAUACGAUCAGUGCCUGAUUCUGCAAUCGCGUAAUUAUACAAGAAGCUCGUAUCAAACGGCGUAUGCGUAUAUAUAUAUGUGCAGCAUCGGUAACACACUUGCACGUAAUUUUCAUCAGCAGCAUCAUCUAGGAAUUGUUAGGAGAAGAAGGACAAGGUCGUGAAAGUAGUGAACAACAAGAACUGGAUUCCGUGCUGUCCAAGCGAAGGGCGAGGAUUGCCGUCCCGUCACCGUCGUCAGCUGCACUGACAUCCACCGUUGCGAUGGGCAGCAAGGGAGAGGACUCGAUGUCCGAGUGCGAGCCCUGCAACAGGGACACCCACUACACGCCACCUAGUUCCGACACCAUACAGACGAAACCCUUUCCCAUCAGAGGCGAACGGGCCAAUUUCGUGAACAAGCCGCACGUGAUAGCGAUGGUUGGACUGCCGGCGCGGGGCAAGACGUACAUAUCGAAGAAGCUCUGCCGGUACCUCAACUGGAUCGGCAUAAGCACGAAGGUGUACAAUCUCGGGGAGUACAGGAGACACGCGACCACGGCUUACCAGUGCCACGAUUUUUUUCGGCCCGACAACAUCAAGGCCAUGGCCAUACGCACCCAGUGCGCCAUGGACGCGCUCAACGACGUCUGCCAGUGGCUCGAGUCCGGGGACGGCGAGGUGGCCGUCUUCGACGCUACCAACUCGACGGUCGAGCGUCGCCAGCUCAUACGGGACAUCGUCGUCAAGAAGAUGGGCUUCAAGCUCUUCUUCGUCGAGUCGGUCUGCAACGACCCGGAGAUUGUCGAGCAAAACAUCAUGGAGGUGAAAGUGAGUAGUCCCGACUACGCAAACAUGAACAAGGAGGCGGUACUGGCGGACUUUAUGCUGCGCAUCGAGCACUACCAGGAAAAGUACCAGCCCCUGGACGAGGAGUACGAGAGCGACCUGUCGUUCAUGAAGAUCUACAACACGGGCGAGAAGGUGCUGGUUCACAAGCACGAGGGCCACAUACAGUCGCGCAUCGUCUACUACCUGAUGAACAUACACAUUGUGCCGCGCACCAUUUACCUGACGAGGCACGGGGAGAGCUUGAUGAACCUCGACAGCCGAAUAGGCGGUGACUCGGACCUCAGCGAGCGUGGCCGGGAGUACGCCAAGGCGCUCGGAGAUUACAUAGCCGAGCAGGAGAUUCAAGGUCUCAGGGUAUGGACGAGCUGGCUCAAACGGACCAUACAGACGGCCGCGCACGUCGUCGCGCCCCAGGAGAGGUGGAAGGCCCUCAACGAGAUCGACGCUGGAAUAUGCGAGGAGAUGACAUACGAGGAGAUCGCGAGCAAGUACCCGAGCGAUUUCGCCGCGAGGGACCAAAACAAAUUUUCUUACCGCUAUCCGCGAGGAGAGAGCUACGAAGACUUGGUCGCGCGUCUCGAGCCCGUCAUCAUGGAACUCGAGCGCCAGGGCAACGUUCUCGUCGUCAGCCAUCAGGCCGUGCUGCGCUGCCUGCUUGCUUACUUCCUUGAUAAAAACGCCGAUGAACUGCCGUACUUGCAGGUACCGCUGCACACCAUAAUAAAAUUAACGCCCGUGGCUUACGGCUGCAAAGUGGAGAACAUACGCUUGCCGAUAGAUGCAGUGGAUACACACCGACCGAAACCAAAGAUACCAGGCUACCUUGAGGAGCGCUUCCGAAGAAAAGGCAAGAAUCUUCGAACGUGAUAACGUGGAUCUGACUGCGUUCAAGAAUUUCCUCGGAAACAUAUUAAAUAGCUGUCCUUCAAGUGACAAAACAUAGACGCAUUAUUGACAGAAGAAACGGAAGACGAUAAAAAAGAGCAUUUUGUCCAGGCAGCUGGCUGUCGUUCGACAAAUUUGCAAAGGAAUCAAAAUCGAGGUUUAAGAAGGGAAAAAAAAAAAAAAAAAAAAAAAA